AUGGGCUUCGCCUUCCCCACAAAGGCAGCAGCCGGCGCCCCGCUGGCGCUGCUCCCCCCCCUCCCGGCCCUGGGAGCUGCAGACACAGCUGGCUUCCUCCUGUCACAGGCGGCGUGUCGGAAGCAGGGCCGUGGGGCCCAUCUCGCCUCCGUUCUCAGCAGUUCAGCCACAGAAGUCGUUGCCGGAUACAUCUCCAGUCAUUACCCUGAUGGGAACGUGUGGAUCGGGCUCCAUGACCCUCGGCAUAAUAGAGUGUGGACAUGGACAGAUGGCUCCAGCUUCACCUACAGAGCUUGGCGAUUUUGGGAGCCUAACAAUUGGAUGUGGAGAGAGUACUGUGUGGAGCUCCGACAUUUUGGGGGAUUUAAGAAAUGGAACGAUAUUGACUGCAAGAGACAGAGAGCCUUCAUCUGCAAGUACCAUCUCAAAGCAGGAGUACACCAGCCCCUGGGACGUUGAGCGCAUUGCAUCCGGCAGCUCUUCCAGGGAGACCCGUCCUGCAAACCUGCCUGCUGUGCCCCCUCCCCACACUGCUGUGCCCAUCCAUGCCAGUCCCACUAUCCUCUGCCUCCUCUCGCUCUGCUGGGUUCCCACAUCUCUCCUCCCCUC